AUGGUUGAAAUCCUUACGAAUUUCUCACUAGUGUCAGUGGUGGAAAUACACACUUCCCUCCAUAUCUAUCUAUCUAUCUAUCUAUCUAUCUAUCUAUCUAUCUAUCUAUCUAUCUAUCUAUCUAUCUAUCUAUCUAUCAAUCUCUAUAUAUAUAUAUAUAUAUAUAUAUAUAUAUGUACGCCUCCUGUGGGCAACCUGGUGUUUGACUGUCAGCUUUUGUGCGUUUCCAGACCCCCACCCGUUUCUUACUUAUUUUUCAGUCGCCUGUGGAUUCUUCCGCAAUUUGGACUCGUAUUUUUAUAUUGUUUCUUUAUUUCCUUUCUUUACCGUCUCUCUGCUGCAUUACAUUUUCUCGCCAAAUCAAAAAUCGCUCAGCUUGAAACUACUCUUUCUUCGUUUUCUUUUCUUUUACCCCCUCUUUCUUUCACAACUACUACUACUACUACUACUAUUUCUUCUACCGCCUUAUUUAAACACGCUUUUCGACUCCUCCUUUAA